CACAAGACUCAUCAAAGAAGAACUCCACAGAAUUGCAGAUUAUGAUGGACAACCAAACCGAUUCAAAUGACAGUUGUGAAUUCUGUCUAAGAAAAAGUGGAAACAGAGGCAAUACCAAAACAGGAAACCCAGUCUCCUCUCUUGAUGCUGGGGUAACAGUGUCUCCCUCCAGAUGGAAACAGCUCUUGUUGGUUGUUCUCGGUCCCAGUCUGCUCUGUUCUAUCUGUGUUUUGGUUGCUAUAGGGGGCCUCUAUUUCAGAGACAGCAACCGAUGUGGUUUAGUGGAGACACAGCUCAACAAUCAGCUAAACAGCAUCACACAGCCUGUGAGGAGAACCUUGGUGUUCACGAAGGAAACCGACAACAGCUACGUAGAGCUUCUCCCUCAGAAGAAUCUUUCCAUGCAAGCGUUCACCCUGUGUAUGCGGCUGGCUACCGAACUGGCAUCUGGCAAAAGAGAGAUCAUCCUGUUCGCCUAUCGCACAGUGGACUUCGACGAGCUCAAUGUGUGGAGAGAAGCCAACAGCACUUACAAUCUGUACCUGCAGGGUCUGACCUGGGAACCAAUUUAAAGGAAAACCCAAAGACCUGCAGACACUCGGCCCUCCGUGGAACCGGUUUGACACCACUGCAUUAUUGUGUUUGGGAAAGUUUAAAGGUAAUUUAUGGAUUAUUACUAUUACAUUUAUUUUAAUCACACAGGCAGCAACCAACUGGUCAUCACAUGCACUCACAAACACCUAAAAGCAUAGGAUAUUUGUUGUUCUAGUUUGUUCUGUUGGAUUUUGAAGUUGUGUUUCAUAUUUUAACGCAGCAAAUUCUCCAGGAUUAAGUUAAUAAUGAGGACCAGUUUCGCAGACACAGAUUAAGCAUAGUCAAGGACAAUAGAAUACUCUAUCGAGCUUGUUUUUUUUGUCCUUGACUAGGCUUAAUCUGUGUUAAAUUAAUCCUACUGUACUGUACAUUGCUAGCUAACGCAUUGUAAGGGUUUUUGGUUUUGCAUCUAUAGGAGCCUGAUUGUAAUGUUUUUAAACCAAACAUAGCCAGGACAUGAUCCGCUUGGGUGAAGAUUCCCAUAAAGCGCAUUUCUUUUCAGAAGGACUGCACGCGGAAAUGUGAAAUCCCUCCUUUUGCAUUUUCAUGGACAACUGAUUUAAGAUAAUGAUUCUGCUUUUAUGUAUGUAUGUAUGUAUGUAUGUAUGUAUGUAUGUAUGUAUGUAUGUAUGAUUCUGCUUUUAGAUUGUGAAGAAACGAACAACAAAUAACAACCCUGUCUAAAAUGGGAGGGUUAUAAAAUAGUUUAACAAUCGUGAAGUCUCGGGACGCAUCUUUAAGCAGUGUUCGUAGCCCAGCGCUUCCCUCCCAGCAUUUGGGAGUCAACGUUACCAACACUCACUGUUCUGUCCUGGCCCGCCCGUGACAUUUCUUUACCCGCGUACCCUGGAAUGAAUAACUUUUUAUUACAUUUUUUUGCUUCUGAUGAUGCAUCUUGAUUCACUAAAUUAAAUCCAAAAAGUUCACGUUAUGUGGAUUUUAAUCACAAAAGACCAAAAAUAUAAAUUAGAUGAUAGAUACAAAUUACCUUUCUGUAAUUGGAACUGGAAUUAAUUAAAUAUAAAUAUUUACUUCUGAUGCUGCUUCUUAUUUCAGUAAAUCCA